AUUCUCUUGUUCUCUUGCAGCCCCUGCUUGUUCCCUUGUUGAGCUUGGACAUGCCCUUGACACCCUCAGUGGGAGCAAGGAUGUUAUACAGACCCUCCCUGAUGGAUGAACUCUGCGAAGCAAAUGGCACUUUUGCCAUCAACUUAUUAAAAAUAUUGGGUGAGAAGGACAACUCACGCAAUGUGUUCAUGUCUCCUCUGAGCAUUUCUUCUACCCUGGCUCUGGUCUCCAUGGGGGCGAGAGGAGACACUGCCACCCAGAUGUCCCAGGCACUUUGUUUGAACAAAGUUGGAGACGUUCACCAGGGCUUCCAGUCCCUCCUCGCAGAAGUGACCAAGUCCAGCACUCAGUACUUGCUCCGAUCUGCCAACAGACUCUUUGGAGAAAAGACGUGUGAUUUCCUUCCAGCCUUUAAGGAGUCCUGUAUGAAGUUCUACCAGGCAGAGCUGGAGGGCCUGUCCUUUGCUAAUGACCCUGAAGAGUGCAGGAAACACAUAAAUGACUGGGUGACCAAAAAGACGGAAGGUGAGAGACUUUCAUUUUGCUUGCUGGAUCUCAAAGUGGAGAAAAAGACAGUGCAGAUGAUGUUUAAGCAAGCUAAGUUCAGGAUGGGGUACAUAGAUGAGGUGCACGCCCAGGUGCUGGAGCUGCCGUACGCGGGGGAGGAGCUGAGCAUGGUCCUUCUGCUGCCCGAUGCCACUGCUGGUCUCGCUGAGGUGGAAAAAGCACUUACGUAUGAGAAGUUCAGAGCCUGGACAAAUCCAGAAAAGAUGACUAAGGUUAAAGUUCAAGUUUUCCUUCCCCGUUUAAAGCUGGAGGAGACUUACGACUUGGAGUCUUUUCUUCGAAGUUUGGGUAUGACUGAUGCUUUCGAGGAAGCCAAGGCAGACUUUUCCGGAAUGUCAGCUAAGAAGAGUGUGCCUGUGUCCAAGGUCAUGCACAAGUGCUUCGUCGAGGUCAACGAGGAAGGCACGGAGGCGGCCGCGGCCACGGCCGUGGUCAGGAAUGCCCGGUGUGUCAGAACUGAACCCCGAUUCUGUGCAGACCACCCCUUCCUUCUCUUCAUCAGGCACCACAAGACCAACUGCAUUUUGUUCUGUGGCAGGUUCUGUUCCCCGUAG